CGGCACCACGUGACCGCCGCUCGUGUGGCCGUCAUGGCGGUGUCGUGGUGAGGAGGCAUCGUGCGGCACCCCGAGAACGCGGGAAAGUUUGAGAAAGUUUCGGAGUUUAUAUUUCGCUAAAGGUUAUGCAGCUGUACUGUGACGCUGGGUGCCCCACAGAGAAAGAGAAGGGCUAAGCGUUCAUUCUUCAGCAAGAGGAGAGCAUCACGACGACAUUUCAGCUGGAACGCUGCUAUAAGGCGACACAGACAUGGACUCCGGAUCAAAUACCAGUCCUCCCUACCUCCAGACGGUGGAGGGCAUGGUGUCUCAGCUUUCUCCACGGGCCGCCAGCAACACCAUGAGGGCUGUGGAUGAGGAGGACCUUGGUCGGGUGCUGUCCCGGGACCGCUCCUUCGACACGAUAGUGCGCACGGCGCAUGAGUGCCCCGUCUCGGAACGGCUUGGCACAUAUGAUGAGGCAGACUUUGAGUUUCGUCGCCACUCUUCACACCACAUUCACCAUCCGCUGUCCUCGCUGCAUUCCAACCGCUCAUCGCAACGCCGCAAGCGCUCCUCGGCCCGCACAUCGACCAGCUCUGAAUUGCCUGAGGGCAAACCUUUGGUCCCGAAUAGUGCAAAGAACUUACAGAACUAUGGUGGGUUUUGUGCACUCUGCAUGCUUACUUAUUUUGAAGACGUGUGACUAUAUUAUGCAUAUUGUGUGCACCAUGGGUUUAUUUGAA